UUUCGGCCAUUUCUUAAACUGUUGUCGACCUGGAAAGACGGUGAUCGCGGAUAUGACGUAUAAUCUUCCAGGAUAUAUGUGAAUUGUUUUACAUCCUUGGUGAACUAAGCGGAUCAAAUCGGGUUUAAUUAAAUAAGGACAAUGGAUAUUUUGUUAACGAUAUUAGCAGUAUUAUUGAGUGUUUGUAAUUUUAUCAGCGCAGAAGGUUCCAAUAAGAAAGUGUUCUGUUACUAUAGUAGUUCAGCAAACGGUCGACCCAGUGUGGGUAAAUUCUGGCCAGAGCACAUAGAUGCCUUUCUAUGUACUCAUAUAAUCUUUGCAUUUGUGGAUAUCACGAAAGAUGGCAGAGAUUUGAAACCAAAUAACUGGAAUGAUUUGGGACCAGAAGGUCUUUAUGCUCGAACAAUUCGUCUGAAAGAGAAAAAUCCAGACCUCAAGGUUUUAUUGGCCGUGGGCGGCUGGAAGAUUGGAUCUAAACCAUUUCUUCCAAUGAUAAAGGAUGAAAGUACGUGGACAGUUUGGGUCAAAAAUGCAGUAAAAUACCUCAGAAAAUAUGGAUUUGAUGGUAUGGAUAUGGAUUGGGAAUUCCCUGGAACACGUGGAAGUGGUGAAGAGGAUAAAUAUAAAUUUACAAAAUAUAUGAAGUGUAUUUACGAUUCGUUCGCAGAAGAAGCUGAAGCAUCAGGGAGAGAGCGAAUGCUUCUAACUUUAGCUACAGCUUCUAGUGAGUUUUACAUCAGUAAAUCAUAUGAACCAGAUCAAAUUUACAAAUAUAUAGAUUAUAUGUUAUUGAUGACGUAUAAUUAUCAUGGAUCAGGUUGGGAGAAGUUUACAGGUCACCACAGCCCCUUGUUACCACAUCCUUCAGAUCCAGAAGGUGAACAGCAAGAAUUACAUCAGCAAUGGUCAAUAUCGUAUUGGCUGCGAACUGGUGUACCCAAAGAGAAGUUGAUUGUAGGAUUGCCGACGUAUGGUUUGGGAUUUAAGUUACUAGAUUCAGCAAAGCAUGGUAUUAGACAGGCCGCUGAUGGAGGAAACACUAAGGGAAGAUAUACAGAAGAAUCAGGAAUAUUGUCUUUAUAUGAGAUAUGUGAGAAGAUCCAGGAUGAAGGUUGGAAGGUUGAAUGGAUCGAUGAACAGAAAGUACCAUAUUGUCAUGGUGGUGGUGAAUGGGUUGGUUUUGAAUCACCAGACAGUAUUGCUAUAAAGGUCAGUUAUCACAUGAUGAUUUGUUAUAGUAUUGAUCAAAUUAAAUUACACAACGUGAAAUGCUAA